CACAGAUAUUCUGAACGAAGAGCCAUGGAAUUAGUUCAAGUGCUUCACAUGAAGGAAGGAGUUGGAGAUGCUAGUUAUGCAAACAACUCAGGACUUCAGAAAACAGUGAUAUCUAAGGCAAAGCACGUAGCGGAGAAAGCCAUAACCAAUCUCUAUUGUAGCAUCAUGCCGCAAUGCUUAGGCAUAGCCGAGUUAGGUUGUUCUUCUGGACCCAAUGCUCUAUUUGUCAUCCUAGAACUUGUGAGCACAGCCUACAAAGCCUGUCAGAAACUAGGUCGUCAGUUGCCGGAAAUUCAAGUGUUCCUCAAUGAUCUUCCAGGAAAUGAUUUCAACACUCUCUUCAAAACCGUCACAAAAUUUCAGCAAAAUCUGUCACAAGAGAUGGGCAAUGGUGUUGGACCAUGUUAUUUCAUGGGAGUUCCGGGUUCUUUCUAUGGCAGGCUUUUCCCUAACCGAAGUCUACAUUUUGUCCAUUCUUCUUACAGCGUGCAUUGGCUGUCUCAGGUUCCUCCAGGGUUAGAGGACAAUAAAGGGAAUAUUUUCAUGUCAAGUUCAAGCCCACCAAGCGCGCUUAUGGCUUACUAUGCACAGUUCCAAAAGGAUUUCUCGGUGUUCCUCAAGCAUCGCGCAGAGGAAAUAGUUGAAGGAGGGCGUAUGGUUAUCACAAUCAUGGGGAGAAGAAGUGAAGAUCCUACCAGUAAAGAGUGUUGUUACAGUUGGGAGCUUUUGGCUUUGGCUCUCAGAGAUAUGGUCUCAGAGGGGCUCAUAGAAGAAGAAAAAUUGGAUUCCUUCAACAUUCCUCAAUACACACCAUCUCCUACUGAAAUGAAGCUUGAGAUUGAAAAGGACGGAUCAUUUGUCAUAGACCAGCUAGAGGUUUUUGAAGUGGACUGGGAUUGUUACGAAAGUGAUGGUCCUUGUAAUGCUGCAAAGUGUAUGAGAGCGGUGGCAGAAUCAAUGUUUGCUGCUCACUUUGGUAGUGGGAUCAUAGAAGAGGUGUUCCGUAGGCAUAGAGAGAUUGUUGUUGAUCGCAUGUCCAAGGAGAAGCCUCAGUAUGUCAAUUUGGUUGUUUCCAUGACUAGAAAUGGAUGAUCAAAGUGAAUGCUGUCUUCAUCGUCAAUUUUAAUGUUGCCUUAAAUUUCAAUAAGCGGAAAGAUUCAUAUAAGAUUGGGCAUUUUGAUGA